UGGAGACGUGCGCGUUGGUGCCUGAGCGGAAGGUCGGCCGUUUCCACCACGGCCAGGGUCCCCUCGCGACUGCCCUCAAUUGUUGAUGACCCCACCUUCACCUGCGGCUGGCGCUUGGAAGCUGCGGACGAGCUCAUCAACUCUUUCUUUUGGUCACAAACCAAACUUUAUCCACUUCAUUUCCAAUCGCACACACAAACACCUCCUUCGCACCAACACCGCAACCACUUUCAACUUCAAACACAAACACAAGAACACCGUCACAAUGGUCAAGGCUGUCGUCGCUGGUGCCUCCGGUGGUAUCGGUCAACCACUGUCCCUCCUCCUCAAGGCCUCGCCGCUCGUCGACCACCUCUCGCUGUACGAUGUCGUGAACACCCCAGGUGUCACCGCCGACUUGUCGCACAUCUCCUCCAUUGCCACCAUUGAUGGCUACCUCCCAGCCGACGAUGGAUUGAAGAAGGCCCUCACUGGCGCUGACAUCGUUGUCAUCCCCGCUGGUAUUCCACGCAAGCCCGGCAUGACCCGUGACGACCUCUUCAAGAUCAACGCAGGCAUCGUUCAGGGUCUCGUCCAAGGCAUCGCAGAGAACUGCCCAGACGCCUUCAUCCUGAUCAUCAGCAACCCAGUGAACAGCACCGUUCCUAUCGCUGCCGAGGUCCUCAAGAAGGCCGGCAAGUUCAACCCGAAGAAGCUCUUUGGUGUUACCACACUCGACGUCGUUCGUGCCGAGACCUUCGUUCAGGCCCUCACGGGCACGAAGGACCCGGCCAAGACGGUCAUUCCAGUCAUUGGAGGUCACUCUGGCGAGACCAUCGUUCCUCUCUUCUCCCUGGCCAAGCCAGCUGUGAACAUCCCAGCCGACAAGCUUGAUGCUCUCACCAACCGCGUCCAGUUCGGUGGUGACGAGGUCGUCAAGGCCAAGGAUGGUGCUGGUUCCGCCACUCUCUCCAUGGCAUACGCUGGUUUCCGCUUCGCCGAGAAGGUGAUCAAGGCUGCCAAGGGCGAGUCUGGUGUCGUUGAGCCAACCUUCGUCUACCUUCCAGGUGUGAACGGUGGUGAUGAGAUCCACAAGGAGACCGGUCUCGAGUACUUCUCCGUCCCAGUCGAGCUCGGCAAGGACGGUGCCCAGAAGGCUGUCAACGUUCUCAAGGACGUCAACGACUACGAGAAGAAGCUGCUCACUAAGUGCUACGAGGGCCUCAAGGGCAACAUCGAGAAGGGUGUCGACUUCGUCCACAACCCACCAGCCAAGUCGUAAACGCUUUCAUAAUUAAUGGCCAGGUGCCAGGUGCCAGGCAUGAUGGCAUGAGAUACGAACCCUCGAGCGACUAGAUAGCGAGUCAUACAGGAGUGCAUAGGAAUGAUACCAAAAGCUGCCCUUCUGAUCGAUUUUUUCCGUCUCACUGAUGCGCGUUUUCUGCUUCUGUCUGGACGGCCGGCUCUAUUCGGCGCUGCGCUCUGAAGGCUUGUUUUGGAGCGUUUCCGUCGCUGGGUACCGGUGG